ACACUUUCUCUCUCCUCUUUCUCUCUCGUCUCUCUCUCUCUGCUCUAUUCUGUAACUUUUCAUUUCAUUUCAAUUCAUCAUACCCCUAAAUUACUCACACAAAACGCAUAUUCAACACAACCAACCACACAAGUCAAAUCAACCAUAGUUUCCUAUUAAUCUCUAUUCAUAUAACUUAAAUAUUAAGCUCCACACAAAUUAACUUUUUGCUUACUAUGUUCUGGAUCAGUUAACUAGCUUCAACAGAUUCGAUCAGUUCAAAGCGAAAUGAAUCACUGUGUUCCAGAUUUCGAUUUCCAAAUCAACGACCAUGAAGUAAACCCUGUGACUCUCUCAAAGAAACCUUCCGCUGGGCGAAACAAUGAGAUCAUGGAACUUUUAUGGCAAAACGGUUCAGUCGUGAUACACAACCAAAGCCACCGUGAAUCUAAGAAACCGCCAUCGCCGGUAACUAACACCGGCCAUGAAAUAACUCCUGAUCAAAGAGAGAUUCGAUCCUCAGAUGCAGAAAACUAUAAUAUGAACCAACACUUGUUCAUGCAAGAAGAUGAAAUGGCAGCGUGGCUUUUCGAUUCGAUCAAUAAAGAUCCUUCGAUCAACACUGAAACACUUUAUCAUCCAUCCAAUGGUGUUAUACUACAAGGCUCUGUAGUUCAGCCUCAGCCUGAGCAGUUACUUCAGCCACAGAGACCAACGGCUUCUCGGCCUUCGAUUCAUCCGGCGAGGAAGGAGAAUCAAGUGUUGAGUAAUAAACAUAAUAAUUUUGCAUAUUUUGCCAACCACAUCAAUGUGCUGAUGGAACCAAGUAUGACUUCAAAUUCCAUGAUUCCGGCGGUGCAAGAAACAACGAUGGUGGAUUCAUGCGAUACACCCAUGAUGACGGCGGAGAAAACUUAUUCAGCUACGAAGCUAUCCGAAACAACCACGAGCACCACGUACACAGACUGCAUAAGUGUGAGUGUUAGCACUGCCGAAAAAGCGGCGGCAUAUAUUGGAUGUGGUACUGCAAGCACUGCUAAAACUACAACUACUAAUGGAGUAAGAGAGAAAACGAUGUUGGAUAUUACAAUGACGUCAUCUCAUAACUGUUCAACUGGGAGUGGUGAUUCGAUUCAGAGAAAACUGGAGUUAGAGCGAAAGAGGAAAAGUAAAAAUCGUGUAUCAGACAAAUCCGAGUUUCAGAGUCAGGAAGGAAAAAAACAAGUUGGUGGAUCUCCCUCUACAAAGAGAUCCCGCGCUGCCGAGAUUCAUAAUCUCUCAGAGAGGAAGCGUCGAGAUAAAAUCAACGAAAAGAUGAAAGCUCUUCAAGAACUUGUACCCCAUUGCAACAAGUCCGACAAAGCUUCAAUGCUGGAUGAAGUCAUCGAACACAUGAAGUCAUUGCAGUUGCAAGUGCAGACGUUGUCCAUGGCAUGUGGCAUGAUGCCGAUGUUUCCUGGUAUGCAGCAGUAUAUGCCAGCGAUGAGUAUGGGAAUGGGCAUGGGGAUGGGAAUGAGUUUGGGGAUGGAAAUGGGAAUGAACAGACCACCAACAACAACAGCAAUAGCUACUCCCUAUGGACCACCAAGGUUCCCUAUGCCUCCUUUUCAUGUGCCUCAUGUUCCAAAUCCUGCAUCACCGGAAUCUUCGUCGCUAACUCAUUCAGAUCUCCCCGUUGACUCCCUCGGUACUCUGAUUGAUCCUGAUCAGUCACCCAUCCCAAACACUAACUUCACUGAUCCUUAUCAGCAAUUUCCUCACCAGGUGCAGCAGUUAAUGCAGGGAAUGAACCUUCAAAAUGUCAACAGGCCAGGUAACAGUGGGGGCCAGGAUAAUCCAGAAAAGCAUCAUGCAGGAUAGAUUAUCCGGCAACUAGAUACCAUAGCAGCUGUCAUGGUGGUGGAAUGUGCUAGAGCUAACAUUUUAGCGGAGAGAGAUCAGUAGCAAGCUAAUUUAGAGUUUUAACAUGGAAAUUAUUGCCGCCCUAUUAUAUUAUUAUUAUUAUUAUUAUUAUUAUUAUUAUUAUUAUUAUUAUUAUUAUUAUUAUUAUUAUUAUUAUUAUUAUUAUUAUUAUUAUUAUUAUUAUUAU